AUGGCGAAAGCUCAAGCACUGUCUGUUCACCGUCUCUCCGCCGGUUGGACAUUCAAGCAAGCAGACGACACCGCUGAAGAUGCCUGGCUCUCGGUCAAGACGGUCCCGACGAACGUUCACUUGGAUCUGAUCGAGCACGGAAAAAUCCCGGAUCCUUUCUUAGGCUUCAAUGAACUGAAGGCAGAAUGGGUUGCAGACCAAGCCUGGACUUACAAGGUCAAGCUUCCCGAAGUCGAGGAAGCCAAGCAAGGCACUGUUCAUGUGCUGGCAUUUGACGGACUCGACACCUUUGCAACGGUCAAACUCAAUGGCAAAACCAUCCUCGAGAGUGAUAACAUGUUCAUCCCGCACCGUCUGGACGUUACGGAGGCAUUGAAGCCACAGGUGGAAAACUUUCUCGAAAUUGACUUCAAGUCCGCCAGACUGGAAGCAAUCAAGAUCCGUGAGGCUCACCCAGAACAUACAUGGGUGGGCUUUAAUGGUGAUAUGUCACGACUUGCGGUCAGGAAAGCACAGUAUCACUGGGGCUGGGAUUGGGGUCCAAUUCUGAACACUUGUGGUCCGUGGCGCGAAGUGCGGCUCGAAACUUACCAAGUUCGUCUAGAGGAUGUUAGAGUUGACUACAAACUGGACGACAGCCUGAAGUCGGUGCAAGGCACGAUCUCGGCGGUCGUUGAGGGCUCUUCGGCGAGGAGUGUGACUUUUAAGGUUCACGACGGCGAUAGACAGGUCUUCAAAGAGAGUGCAAGCGUCGAUAAUGGCGUGGCUAAGGUUGAGUUCCAUGUCAACAACCCUAAGCUUUGGUAUCCCCACGGCUACGGCGAACAACCAUUAUACACAGUCACGGCAACAGUUUCAACAGACGAAGUCGACCUACAUUCGAUCACACGCCGGACCGGCUUCCGAAAGGGUGAGCUAGUCCAAGAGCCUGACAAGAUUGGGAAAACAUUCUUUUUCCGCAUCAAUGGCAUUGAUGUCUUCUGUGGUGGUUCGGACUGGAUUCCAGCAGACAAUUUUACACCGCGAAUUACCGAAGACAAGUAUCGCAAGUGGUUGGAGAUGAUGGUUGACGGUUACCAGAUCAUGAUAAGAGUCUGGGGUGGAGGGAUUUGGGAAGAAGACAUCUUUUACGAACUCUGUGAUGAGCUCGGAAUCCUGGUUUGGCAAGACUUCAUGUUCGGUUGCGGCAACUAUCCUGCAUUUCCUGAAAUCCUGAAGUCGAUCAAGGAAGAGUGUAUUGCCAACGUAGCCCGAUUGAGACACCAUCCCUCGCUCGUCAUAUAUGCCGGCAACAACGAGGACUACCAGGUCCAGGAGUCGUUUGGUCUGACAUACAAUUACGAGGACAAGGACCCAGAGAGUUGGCUCAAGACCGACUUCCCUGCUAGGUAUAUCUACGAGAAGAUCCUGCCUGAAGCUGUGGCUGCCGAAAGCCCACACGUACCAUACCACCCAGGUUCACCAUGGGGCGAUGGUUUAAAAACCUCAAACACCACAGUUGGCGAUAUGCACCAGUGGAACGUCUGGCACGGUACGCAGGAGAAGUAUCAGAUCUUUGAUACACUCGGCGGCCGUUUCAAUAGCGAGUUCGGCAUGGAGGCUUUCCCCCACAUCGAUACCAUCAGAUACUAUUGCACCGACCCUACACAGCUGUAUCCUCAGAGCCACAUGAUAGACUUUCACAACAAAGCAGACGGCCAUGAACGACGGAUCGCGACUUACCUGGUAGAGAACUUCCGUACCAAAACGGACCUUGAGGCAUUUAUCCACUUGACCCAGCUAUCCCAAGCUGAGGCACUGAUGUUCGGCUAUCGAGGCUGGAGGCGACAAUGGGGUCAGGAGCGUUUCUGUGGAGGUGCUCUCGUGUGGCAGCUCAACGACUGUUGGCCAGUGACCUCGUGGUCCAUCGUUGACUACUUUCAGCGAAAGAAGCCUGCAUACUAUGCUAUGCGUCGUGUACUUGCCCCUAUCGCUGUCGCCGUCAAGCGUGCACAUUUCGAUUGGAGCGUUGUGCAUGCACGAGUGCCACCGAAGAGCGACUUCGAGCUAUGGGUUUCGUGCCAGAAGCAGGAGGAGGUGAAGGCAACAGUUGAGCUGAGGUUCAUCAGCGUCAAGACCGGCAAGGAGAUCAAGGACAAGAUCGUCAAGAAAGACAUCACUUUGACCCAGAACGGCACAACGGAUGUGUUAUCCGGCACAAUCGAUAACGUAAACGAGGAGCCCCACGUGCUCGCGGCGCGUAUAUGGGUCGAUGGUGAGAUCGUAUCGAGAGAUGUGGAUUGGCCGCAGCCGCUGAAGUACCUUGACUUCGAAGACCGUGGCCUGGAGGUCAUUCCCCAGGGAAGUACGAUCUUAAUAAAGGCUGACAAGCCUACAAAGGGCCUUGUCUUCGAGGAAAGGUCGGGUGUGUUGGUUCACGACAGCGCAAUCGACGUGGUUCCCGGGGAUGAACAAACCAUCAAGGUCCGAGGGCUGGGUAAACAGGAUGAAUCGUUGAAGUGGAGGUACCUUGGCCAGGAAUGA